CUGAGUAAAAAGACCACAGUUGCAGUCUCAGAAGCUGAAAAAUCUUAACGAAGAAAGAGAAAUUAAAUGCUGGCCCUAAUUUUCGGUGCAGUGUUCGUAGCUAUACCCACUGCUUUCUUGUUCAAAUUCAUCAAAGCGGAUGGUGAUCUUACGUUGUUGUCGAAAAAACACGUGAAGCGUGAAGAAAUUGAGGAUAAGGUUAUUUGGAUUACUGGAGCCAGCCGCGGUAUUGGGGAAGUUCUUGCUAAGCAACUUGCAAGUUUGGGAGCAAAGCUCAUUAUCUCUGCUCGUAAUGAAGUGGAACUGCAAAAUGUCAAGAAACAACUUACUGGAAAACACGCACCGGAUGAGGUGAUGGUUUUGCCUUUGGAUUUGACUUCGGGGGAAGAAUAUUUGGGGGAGGCGGUAAAGAAAGCAGAGUCGUUUUUCGGGGGUGCAGGCGUGGAUUACAUGUUCCACAAUGCCGCAUAUGAACGCCCUAAAUCAAUGGCAAUAGACGUGACAGAAGAAAGUCUCAAGGCGACGUUUGAUGUCAAUGUUGUGGGGCCAAUAUCUCUCACACGACUCCUGGCACCUCACAUGCUGAAGCGGGGCAGAGGACAUUUUGUUCUGAUGAGCAGUGCUGCAGGGAAGGCACCUGCACCUGGUCAAGCUAUGUACUCCGCCUCCAAAUCUGCUCUAAACGGCUAUUUUCAUACGCUGCGGUCCGAGCUUUGUCGAAAGGGGAUCAAGGUAACUGUUGUUUGCCCCGGGCCUGUGAAGACCUCAACUAACGCAGAAGCAAGUACCUCAGAACAGAAAGGUUCUUCCGAGGUAAAAAUCACAAGUAUUGCAAUAGACAGUGCUUCCAUAUAUCCAAUAAAAAAAUUAUUUUGUGAUUGUUCAACUCCAAUUAGUAUUGCAAAUCGUUUCACGAACUUGUGA